AGCAGUAUGUCUGCCAAGUUCAACGUGUUAAUAUCUUUUUUAAUUCUUUGGCGUAGUUCCUUUGCCGCUUUAAAUAAAGGAGACAAAUGUUCUUUAAAAGAUGGAAGCUCAGGCACUUGCAAGCUUAUAAAGGCGUGCCCCUCCGCUAACCAACUGAUAAAGGCCGGAGUUUUUCCGGUUAUAUGUGGAAUCGAAGGGACUGCAUCAAUUGUGUGUUGCAAAGAUGGUGAAGACCAGGCGAAAACUAUUAAUACCACCACCACAACCAAUCAAGUUAACGGUAGAAAACCAGGGGAUAUAAGCAGACAAAAAUGUGAAGAAUAUUCGGAAUACGCCUACGAAAAAAUCCCAUCUCCCACAUUGUUGCUUAAGCCGCAUAUUACAAAAAAGCUUGUAUGUGAUAUUCAGAGGAACAACAAAUUUUUUUCGGGGAGUAGUGAGGCAUCAAGGAGGGAAUUUCCUCAUAUGGCACUUAUUGGUUAUAGACCUAAAGAUGAAGUUAUAUGGAAUUGUCAGGGCUGCCUCAUAAGUGAAAACUUUGUACUCACCGCUGCACAGUGCUUGUUUACACCUUCAAACGAUCCUGCGAAGCUGGUAAGGGUUGGUUUAACAAACAAGACAGACCCCACGCAUAUGCAAGAACGAACAGUGAAUGAAAUAAUCCCUUAUCCAGAAUACGAGUACCCCAGUAAAUACCACGACAUCGGUCUGUUGAGACUCUCAAAAGACAUACAGUUUAAUACCUACGCACGACCAGCUUGCCUGCACACAGAAAAAUAUUCCUUCUAUUACUUCGCCAUAGCCUCAGGAUGGAGUGAUCUUAUUGUAUUUGGGAAAAAAAGGAACAAGGAUUUGAUGCAAACAACGUUGGAAUUAUUCUAUGGAGAUGAAUGUAAUCAGGGCUAUAAACAAAACGUUUCACCCACCGGUGUGUUAAAAGAUGGAAUCGUCGAGGAUUUGAUGAUUUGCGCUGGGUAUUCUUCCAUAAUGACAGCCAUAUGUAGAGGAGACUUUGGAGGUCCUCUUCAAAUAUACCACGAGGAAACUGAUAAAAUCAAAUGCAUGUACGAUAUUAUUGGCGUAACUUCAUUUAUAAGAGACUGCGGUUUCGAAAACCCUCCAGGAGUGCAUACCAGAGUAGCGGCUUACAUAAAGUGGAUAGAGGACACUGUUUGGCCGAACUGCGACAUGUCCAGCAGGCUUAGUCCCAACGUUGUUUUAUUUAUUUUUUUACUUUCCGGUGGUUCUUUUGCCAUUUUAUAUGAAGGUGACAAAUGUUCUUUAAAAGAUGGCAUCGAAGGCACCUGCAAAUUCAUUACGCAAUGUCCGACCGCUAUGCAGCUGUUAAGAACAGGAGUCUAUCCAAUAAUAUGUGGAUUCCAAGGAACUCUGUCAAUCGUUUGUUGUAAAAACGAAGAAGUGCUGAAAGGUACCAGCGCUUCCACGAUGACCACAUCAGUGCCUGAGUCCACUAAACCAACAUAUAAACCUCAAGAUCGUGGAGCAGCAAACACUACCAGUAGAACUCCAGGAGAUAUCAGCAAACAGAAAUGCAAGGAAUACGCAAAAUACGCUUAUGAAAGGUCUCAAUCCCCCACCCUAUCUAUCAUUCGACAUUAUUCAAACACGCUUGAGUGUGACCAACAUAGAAUCCAACUUAUUGUAGGAGGAACAUUGGCAUCAAGAAGGGAAUUUCCGCAUAUGGCUCUUAUAGGUUAUAAAACCGACAAUGAAGUUUUAUGGGGAUGUGGGGGCUCUGUCAUAAGUGAAAAUUUUGUCCUCACCUCUGCACAUUGCUUGAAGAAACAACAACUGGGCCCUGCGACCCUGGUAAGAGUUGGUUUCACAAAUAAGACUGAUCUCACGCAUAUGCAAGAACGGACAGUCAGCGAAAUCAUCCCUUAUCCCGAAUACUCCUUCACUAGAUACCAUGACGUCGGUCUCUUGAAGCUUUCAAGAAAUCUAGAGUUGAACACCUACGUACGACCAGCGUGCCUUCAAACGAAAAAAAAUAUUCCGUUCGAGAAAGCUAUAGCGUCAGGAUGGGGCGUCACUGAAUUUUCAGGGGACACAAGUAGUGACUUGUUAAAAGUAGUACUGGAAUUCUUCAGUGUAGACAAAUGCAAUUAUACGUAUAGAAGGGAUAUUUCACCUACUGCGUUGAAAGAUGGAAUCGUAGACGAUUUGAUGAUUUGUGCUGGGUCCUCCAAAGAGUUUAAAGAUACAUGUCAGGGAGAUUCUGGAGGACCCCUUCAAGUAUACCACAAAGAAACUGAAGAAGUCAAAUGUAUGUACGACAUCAUCGGGGUGACCUCUUUUGGGAAAUCAUGCGGUUUAGCAACAGACGUUCCAGGAGUGUACAGCAGAGUAUCGGCUUACAUAAAAUGGAUAGAAGACACUGUUUGGCCAAACUAAUACGUUUGGUGUGAAUUUGAUAUACUCGUAUGAUUAUAUAUUGUAACAGGUAGAAAUUGAAUUAAGAGUUUUUAAUUAUAAAAACUAAUAGAAGUUAAGUUAAAAUACAACAAGUAAUAACAUACUGGAUAUAUGGUGACAAAAUAGUAAGGAUAAUUUGGGUGACAGCGGGAUGAAAAGUGACAGUGUAUAAUGAUAUGAAAAGUAUAAUGAAAUCUCAGUCUAAAGGAAUAAAAAGUGUCCACAAAAAAAUGUAAUGUAGUUAAAAAAAAUAAAAUGGUAUUAAAAAUGGUAAAUUAAAAAUGUAUAAAUUAUAAAAUAAUCUGAUAGGUUGAGAUUGAAAACGAUAUAUUAAUAAAUAUUGUAAUUAGAUAUAAGAGUGCGGUGAGAAAGAAAAUUAUAAGAAAAAACAAUAAAGAAAGAAGAGAACAGUAAGAGUCAGGAAAUAGGAAAGAAGUUAUUUGGCAGAAAGGAAAUUAGGGUGAAGUCUAAAUUGACAGAUAACUCAAUAUAAUCAAAAUACUGUCAGGUUAGUAAAACAUCAUUUUGAAUUGUCGUAGCAAUUUAGAAAAGGAAAGGAGCAGUACGAGCCAGGGAGGUGAUUCAGACAGUGGCAGUCAACGGAGUGGAGUAGGACACAGAAGGAGAACAAGACAAAAUAGAGGAGAGUUCGAGUGAAAGAAAGGAAGGAGAAGAGACAGGAGAGAGAUUACAGGAAGGACAUUACUAGUGAGGAAAACAUAGACAAAAGGACAACAAAAGU